AUGACACCCAAGCGCAACUCGAUCAGCAACUGGAAGAAGCAAGAAGUCAUCAACUGGAUUAAUACCGUCGGCGAAGGAGUGCCAUCGCGAGCAUCGGCGCACUUCCGUUCGUUGGGGUGGGACUUCGACCCGGCCGCGGCGCCAGCACUGGGGCACCUUGAAGAUCUUCUACUGGAGGCGAUAGUGCUGCGCCAACUCAAGAAGGAGAAGCGUCAGAGGUGGAUAGCUGCACAGGCACUUAAGCUCUACAGUGAGGUCUCUGACGGUCAAGUUCGCCUGUUCGAAGCUUCACCACACUGGAUCAGCGGAUUCAUGAAGCGCUAUGACUUGUCGCUGCGUCGCCUACGAACCUGA